AUGAAUGAUUACGCCAAAGUGUUUGUUUCUGUUAAUACUGAAAAAGUGAUGCCUACAGUUUCUAAAGAACUGGCAAUUGAAUUCCUUGAGGCUAUUCCAUUUAAUGAAGAGCAAGCAGAAAUGAUCAACAAGAAAACUGUCUGUCAAUCCCAGUCUCAAUUUUGGUUUGAACAAAGGGCAGGAAGAAUUACAGCUUCCUCAUUUUACACUGUGUGCCACCUUAGAGAGAGAACAGACAGAAGAAACACUAUUAAACAUCUCAUGAAUUACUGUCCAAUUGCUGAAGAUGCCAUGCUACGACAGUUGAUAUGGGGGCAUGAAAAAGAAAAGCGAGCACUUAGUCUUUACAUAAAAAAAAAAACAGAACAAAAAUCAUGA